GCACCCGGAGGGAGAGGAGCCCGCAGCCAGACAGACGGACGCAGCAGCUCAUCACUGGAACACAUAUCUCUUACAGGACUUAAUUCAAGCAGGGGCCAAGAGGUGUUGAACAGGGGGCUGUCCUUUUCCUUUCCAGCACUGCUUUCGUCAGGGAAUUCAAAUAGAGAAAUGGACUUUGUCCUGCCACCCAGUCUGCCAGCUGGGGGUAUCCCAUGGGAGAAGGUUUUACCACCUCUCAUUCCUCGGCUGAACAGUGCUUAUGGACAACAUAACUGGUCCCAGAAAUUACUGAUUCCAGAGACUGAUAACACCAGCUCGUCAGAGGUUAACUGUGACGGCGCUGGAUUUACAGUUCAAGUUGAUGUAAAGCACUUCAACCCCGAGGACCUAAUGGUUAAAGUGAUCGGGGACUUUGUAGAAGUUCAGGGAAAGCACGAAGAAAGAAAGAAGGAUGGCCCAGGGGUUACUACACGCCAGUUUAACCGCCGCUAUCGGAUCCCAAAGGGAGUGGACACCAUGGCUCUGGAGUCAGCGGUCUCACCCGAGGGCGUCCUGGUCAUAUCUGCACCUAUGAUGCAGACUGAGAACUCCCCAUCCCCGACCUAAUCCGAUUAUUACCACCCAGUCAAAUCCCUCCACCAUCACCACCAUUUACUAUAAUAAAUGCAACAGAAGACUUUAUGAGCGUACAGGCACAAACAGAAAUAACUUCAGGCUCCUUCAGUCAUAGCAACACUCAACAUGUGCCAAAAGACACAUUUGAUCUGUUCUUGGCACGGUUUAAAUAUUCCCCGCUCUUAAUGGUUUGUAUAUACCGCUCUGUUAUUACUCAUCCAUCUUACAUAACGUUUGAAGGAACCAGUCUCUGUAAAUAUUCUGUGUCCACAUAUAAAACUGCUGCUUCUUUUUGAGCAACUUUUGUAAAAAAUGUCACUGUAUUGUAAAUGUGAUUAAUGAUGCGUAUAUAUGUAUCUCCAAAAUCUUUAAUGUGGAAAGAACAAAUAAACUUUAUUUCUUUUA